CUCCCCGAGAUUCACAUAAAAGCUUUGCCUGCCGGAAAACCCCAGUUCGCACUUCGCAGUCUCGCACCCGAAGCAGUUUCUAAAUCCCUCCCCCCCUCCCUCUCCCCUUUCCUGUUCUCUCUCUUUGGCGCGCGCUCUCUCUCUCUCUCUCUUUCGCUCUCCGAGUUUGGUUGAAUGCUGUCUUUUACUCCUCUGAAGUCGUAAGACCUUCUUCUCACCCCUUCCAGAGGGGAAGGAGAAGGGAAAUCAUCGAAACUCGAAGAUGAGCCCUAUUCAGAACUUCGAGCAGCAUGCUCGUCGUCUUAUUGAGCCAGAAAUCCCGAUGCAGACGAGGUUGCAGCUGGCCAUGGAGGUCAGGGACAGCCUCGAGGUCGCUCACACGUCGGAGUACCUCAACUUCCUCAAGUGCUACUUCAGGGCCUUCUCAUCCGUGCUGACGCAUCUGACGAAGCCGCAGUUCUCCGACAGCAUCGAACACAAGGUGCGCAACGUCGUCGUCGAGGUCCUCAACCGGCUGCCCCACAGCGAGGUGCUCCGCCCCUUCGUUCAAGACCUCCUGAAGGUUGCCAUGCAAGUCCUUACCCUCGACAACGAGGAGAACGGCCUCAUCUGCAUGCGUAUCAUCUUCGACCUUCUCCGCAACUUCCGCCCGACCCUCGAGGCCGAGGUCCAGCCUUUCCUCGACUUCGUCUGCAAGAUAUAUCAGAAUUUUGAGAGUACAGUUAGCUACUUUUUCGAGGAGAUGAAUGUUGAUGAUAUGCAUCCAGAACCAACAUCUUCUCUGCCUUCAUUGGGAUACGUUGGGCCUCAGAAGCCACAUGAAGGUCCAAACCCUGUGCCGCUCAAUCCCAGCACUCGCUCCUUCAAAAUAGUAACAGAGAGCCCGCUGGUUGUGAUGUUUCUUUUCCAGUUAUAUGGGCGCCAAGUGCAAACAAACAUUCCUCUUCUUCUGCCUUUGAUGGUCACUGCUAUAUCUAUACAGGGACCUGCUAAAGUCCCUCCUAGCUUAAAGAGCCAUUUUGUUGAAUUCAAGGGUGCACAAGUCAAGACGGUUUCAUUUUUGACUUAUCUUCUGAAGAGCUUUGCUGAGUACAUUAGACCACAUGAAGAGAGCAUAUCUAGGAGCAUUGUAAAUUUGCUUGUUACAUGUCCUGAUUCUGUAUCAAUACGUAGGGAGUUACUGAUAGCUACAAGACAUGUUCUCUCAACGGAUUUUCGGCAAGGGUUUUAUAAGUUAAUUGAUACACUGCUGGAAGAGCGGGUCCUAGUGGGAACUGGAAGAUUGUGUUUCGAGACAUUGAGGCCGUUGGCUUACAGCCUGCUUGCAGAACUAAUUCAUCAUGUUCGGGCAGACCUUUCACUUGCACAGCUUUCACGAAUUGUCUACCUAUUUUCAAGGAACGUGCAUGAUUCUUCCUUGCCGGUUAGUGUCCAAACCACAUGUGCUAGGUUGAUGCUAAAUCUGGUGGAGUCUAUUUAUAACAAGGGUGAUGAUGAAGAACAUAGAGAAGAAUCCCGCACUAUGCUGUUAAGGGUUUUAGAUGCUUUUGUGGGGAAAUUUGGUACAUUCAAGCGCACGAUUCCACAGCUGCUUAAAGAUGGCGAGGAAGGAAAGCACAGUUCUUUGCAGUCGAAAUUUGAGCUUCCUGUGCAGGCAGUGCUUAAUUUUCAGGUUCCUCAAGAACACUCAAAGGAGGUUGGUGACUGUAAGCAGCUGAUUAAAACUUUGGUCAUGGGGAUGAAAACUAUAAUUUGGAGCAUCAGUCAUGCUAAUGUCAAUCGUCCAGGUCAAGUUUCACCACCUUCUCCUGAAACUUCUGCAGGGAUGAGGGAAGAUGAGGUCCGUUACAUAUCAGGCAUCCUGAAGAGUGGCGUUCAUUGCUUGGAAAUCUUUAAAGACAAAGAUGAAGAGAAGGACAUGCUAGUUCAGUUUUCCCAGAUGUUUUUGAUAAUGGAACCUAGAGACCUCAUGGAUAUUUUUGCAUUGUGUAUGCCACAAUUUUUUGAGUGCAUGAUCACUAAUAAUCAGCUACUUCAAAUAGUAUCUACCCUUCUACAAUCUCCCAAGAUCCUAAGGCACUUUGCAGAUGUACUGGUUAAUUUUCUUGUGAGCCGUCUUGAUGUACUGAAGCAGCCAGAUACGCCUGCCUCAAAUUUGGUUCUGCAACUUUUUCGACAUCUUUUUGUGGCUGUUUCUAAAGUUCCUGCAGACAAUGAACGUGUUCUACUGCCACAUGUUUCCGUCAUAAUGGAAGUUUGCAUGAAAAAUGCUACUGAGAUUGAAAGACCACUUGCAUAUAUGCUGUUACUGCGUACAAUGUUCCGUUCUCUUGCUGCUGGGAAGUUUGAAGGGCUCUUCCGUGAGUUGGUACCAUCACUGCAACCGUGCCUUAAUAUGCUGUUAGCGAUGGUCGAAGGUCCUGCUGGAGAAGAUAUGAAAGACCUUGUGCUUGAGCUUUGUUUAACAUUGCCUGCACGAUUGAGUUCAUUACUUCCCCAUCUUCCUCGCCUCAUGAAACCCUUGGUAUUGGCACUUAAAGGAAAUGAUGAGCUUGUUAGUCUAGGUUUGAGGACACUUGAGUAUUGGAUUGAUAGUUUAAAUCCUGAUUUCCUUGAACCAAGUAUGGCAAAUCUUAUGUCUGAGGUGAUCUUGGCUUUAUGGUCUCACUUAAGGCCAAAACCAUAUCCAUGGGGUGCAAAGGCAUUACAGCUUCUCGGUAAGCUAGGUGGCCGAAACAGACGUUUCCUUAAAGAGCCACUUGCAUUGGAGUGCAAGGAGAACCCUGAGCAUGGUCUGCGUUUGAUUCUCACUUUUGAGCCCCAAACUCCUUUUCUGGUGCCUCUUGACCGUUGCAUCCACUUGGCAAUAGCUGUUGUUAUGCAGAAAUCCAUGGCAGUUGACACUUUUUACAGAAAACAUGCUCUCAAGUUUCUUCGUGUAUGUCUAUCAUCUCUUUUGAAUUUCCGUGGAAAUGUAUCAGCUGAUGGGGUUUCACCAGGGAUAUUGGCAACCUUGCUGGUCUCAUCUGUAGAUCCUUCAAGGCGCCGAACUGAGACAUUGGAUAUGAAGGUUGACCUUGGUGUCAAGACCAAGACCCAACUCAUGGCUGAGAAGUCUGUAUUCAAAACUCUCCUGAUGACCAUUAUUGCAACCAGCACUGAACCUGACCUUCAAGAUGCUCGGGAUGAUUUUGUGGGCAAUGUUUGUCGCCAUUUCGCCAUGCUUUUCCAUAUGGAAUUUUCUUCUAGCAGUUUGUCAAGUGCAGGUGCUCAGGUUGGAGGCUCAGUGCUUGCAACAACUAGUGUUCCUGCUUCAAAGUCUCGAACAGCCACAUAUGGGAACCUAAAAGAGUUGGAUCCACUGAUAUUCUUGGAUGCUUUGGUAGAUGUCCUUGGAGAUGAAAAUAGAGUCCAUGCUAAAGCUGCUCUUAAUGCUCUGAAAAUAUUUGCCGAAACACUUCUUCUCCUAGCUCGAUCAAAGCAUGCUGGUGCCUCAACAUCCGUAGGUGGCCCUGGAACUCCAAUGAUGGUAUCAAGUCCAUCAAUGAAUCCUGUCUAUUCUCCCCCUCCAAGUGUUCGAAUUCCAGUUUUUGAGCAACUUUUGCCUCGCCUUCUGCAUUGUUGUUAUGGAAGCACAUGGCAGGCUCAGAUUGGUGGUGUAAUGGGACUUGGGGCUCUUGUUGGAAAGGUUACUGUUGAGACUCUCUGUGUUUUUCAAGUGCGGAUAGUUCGUGGUUUAAUUUAUGUUCUUAAGAGACUUCCUGCACAUGCUGCCAAAGAACAGGAGGAGACAAGUCAAGUGCUCACGCAGGUUCUUCGUGUUGUAAAUAACGUUGACGAGGCAAAUAGUGAGCCUCGUAGACAAAGCUUUCAAGGAGUGGUAGAGUUUCUUGCGCAAGAGUUGUUUAAUCCCAAUGCAACACUUAUAGUGAGGAAGAAUGUUCAAUCAUGCUUGGCUCUUCUUGCUAGCAGGACAGGAAGUGAAGUAUCUGAGUUACUUGAGAAUUUGUAUCAGCCUUUGCUCCAGCCUCUCAUAAUGCGCGCUUUACGAAGUAAGAAUGUCGAACAGCAGGUAGGGACAGUAAUGGCCUUGAACUUUUGCUUGGCUCUUCGGCCCCCUCUUAUGAAGAUGACACAGGAGCUUGUGAACAUUUUGCAAGAAGCUCUGCAGAUUGCUGAGGCUGAUGAGACUGUGUGGGUUGGAAAGUUCAUGAAUCCAAAAGUGAAUAUGACAGUGACUAAACUCCGUACUGCAUGCAUAGAAUUGCUCUGUACUACCAUGGCAUGGACAGAUUUUAAAACCUCUAGCCAUUCUGAUCUACGUGCAAAAAUAAUUUCUAUGUUUUUCAAGUCACUUACUUGUAAGACACCAGAAAUUGUAACGGUUGCAAAGGAGGGUCUUCGGCAGGUUAUUCAACAACAGAAGCUUCCCAAGGAGUUACUGCAGAGCAGUCUCAGGCCUAUUUUGGUUAAUUUGGCACACACAAAGAGUCUCACUAUGCCUCUUUUGCAAGGUCUUGCUCGUCUUCUUGAACUCUUGUCAAACUGGUUCAAUGUGACAUUGGGUGGUAAACUGUUGGAACACCUAAAAAAAUGGCUUGAACCGGAAAAGCUUGCUCAAACUCAGAAAUCCUGGAAACCUGGUGAAGAGCCGAAGAUUGCAGCAGCUAUUAUAGAGCUUUUCCAUCUUCUUCCACCAGCAGCGGGGAAGUUCUUAGAUGAUCUUGUUUCCCUUACUAUGCAAUUAGAGGCUGCCCUUCCUCAAGUUCAUGUUUACAGCCAACUGAACAGCCCUUAUCGCUUGCCACUUACAAAGUUUCUAAAUCGUUAUGCUACUGAUUCAGUUGACUAUUUUUUGGCACGUUUGGGCCAACCUAGAUAUUUCAGAAGGUUUAUGUAUAUAAUUCGUUCAGAGGGUGGGCAGCCUCUUAGAGAAGAGCUUGCAAGAUCACCUGAGAAGAUACUUGCAAAUGCUUUUCCACAGUUCGUCAAUAAAAUGGAUGAGUCUGUUACUACUCCUACAAAUAAUGAUGGGAAUGUUGCUACUGAAAACUUUGGCCCCUCAUCAACCACUGCACCAAAUUCUGAUGCUUAUUUUCAAGGCCUUGCGCUCAUCUCUGCCAUGGUGAAAUUGAUGCCUGAUUGGCUACAGUCAAACCGUGUUGUUUUUGAUACCUUGGUUCUCCUUUGGAAAUCUCCAGAAAGAGUAACUCGUUUACAAAAUGAACAAGAUCUUAAUUUGGAACAGGUGAAAGAAAGCAAGAGGCUUGUCAAGUGCUUUCUAAAUUACUUGCGUCAUGACAAAACUGAAGUUAAUAUCUUAUUUGAUAUGCUGUCCAUCUUUUUGGUCCGGACACGUAUAGACUACACGUUUUUGAAGGAAUUUUAUUUUAUUGAGGUUGCGGUGCAUUAUCCUACUCAUUUGAAGAAAACUCUUCUGUUACACUUCCUGCUUCUUUUUCAAUCAAAGAAAUUGGAACAUGAACACAUGGUUGUUGUCAUGCAAAUGCUCAUUCUUCCUAUGCUAGCUCAUGCAUUUCAAAAUGGUCAAUGUUGGGAAGUUCUGGACCAAAAUAUUAUCAAAACUAUUGUGGAGAAGAUUCUUGACCCUCCCGAUGAGGUCAGUGCCGAAUAUGAUGAACCCUUGAGGAUAGAACUUCUGCAGCUUGCUACUUUGCUUUUGAAAUAUCUACAGGGAGACCUUGUCCAUUACCGGAAAGAAAUGAUCAAGUUUGGUUGGAACCAUCUUAAGCGUGAAGACAGUGCCAGUAAACAGUGGGCAUUUGUUAACGUUUGUCACUUUCUGGAUGCUUAUCAAGCCCCAGAAAAAAUAAUUCUUCAGGUUUUUGUUGCUUUACUGAGAACAUGUCAAUCGGAGUAUAAGGCCCUGGUCAAGCAGGCUCUUGAUGUGUUAAUGCCUGCACUGCCUCGAAGAUUGCCUCCGGAGGAUGUCCGCAUACCCAUUUGGAUCCGUUACACCAAAAAGAUCAUGGUGGAGGAGGGUCAUUCAGUCCCUCAUUUAAUUCACAUAUUUCAGCUCAUUGUUCGGCAUCCAGACAUCUUUUACCGUUGCCGAGCUCAAUUUGUACCUCAAAUGGUGAAUUCACUUAGUCGACUUGGAUUGCCUUAUAGCACCUCUCCUGAGAAUAGGCGUCUUGCUAUUGACCUGGCUGGGCUGGUUGUGGCAUGGGAACAGCGAAGGCAAUCAGAAAUGAAGGCAACACCAGACAUUGACAGCCAUAGUCGUACUAGUGAGGCAUUUAAUGCAAAUGCUUUGGACAAUGAUACAAAGCUUCUUCCAGAUAGUUCUUCAUUUGCCGAUGAUCUGAGUAAACGCGUCAAGGUGGAAGCUGGUUUGCCAUCGUUAAGCAUGAUGUCACCUAGUGGCUCUUCAAUUCCCAAUAUUGAAACACCUGCAUCUGCCAGCCAACAUGAUUUGUCUUACAAACCAAAUGCUGCCAUGGAAGAAAUGAUUAUUAACUUUCUCAUCCGAGUUUCAUUGGUUAUAGAACCGAAAGACAGGGAAUCUACAGCCAUGUAUAAACAGGCAUUAGACUUAUUAUCUCAAGCCUUAGAAGUCUGGCCAAAUGCGAAUGUGAAAUUCAAUUACCUUGAGAAGUUACUUGGUAGUUUCCAGCCUUCUACGCAGUCCAAAGAUCCUGCAGCAGCUCUUGCUCAGGGUCUUGAUGUCAUGAAUAAGGUACUGGAGAAGCAGCCACAGCUAUUUAUCCGGAACAACAUCAAUCAGAUAUCUCAAAUUCUCGAGCCGUGCUUCAACAAUAAGAUGCUGGAUGCGGGGAAAUCACUUUGCUCCCUACUGAAAUUGGUUUUUACUGCAUUUCCUUUAGAUUCUUCCAGUACACCUACAGAUGUGAAGAUGCUCUAUCAAAAGGUUGAGGAUCUUGUACAGAAGCAUCUUUUAGCUGUAACUGCAUCUCAGUUAUCUCUUGAUGUUACCUCUGUAAAUCCAGUGAUAAGUUUUGCUCUCUCUGUCAUUAAAACCUUAAUGGAGGUUCAGAAGUCAUUUGUUGACCCUUUCAUUAUGCCCUUAGUUCGUGUUCUUCAACGCCUAUCACGUGAGAUGGGAUCUUCAGCAGGGUCCCAUGCCAGACAAGUUCAGAGGUUUGACCAAGAUUCUGCUUCAAGUAAUUCACGUGUGGUUCUUUCAGAAGCUAGCUCAGUGUCUACUAAUCUGAAGUCUGUGUUAAGGCUCAUAAGUGAAAGGGUUAUGCUUGUUCCUGAAGGCAAACGGGCAAUAAGCCAAAUCCUGCAUUCAAUACUUUCAGAGAAAUGUGUAGAUCCAAGCGUUCAUUUAUGUAUCCUUGAGGUGAUGAAGUCUUGGAUUGAAAAUGACUUCCGGCCAGCUGCAUCUGGUGCGAAGGACAUUGUUUCAUACCUUCUGAAGCUUUCACAGGUUGAUAGGCAGAGUUUCUCAAUGAGUUUCCUAGAGGAGUGGGAUGGAAAGUAUCUUGAACUACUUUAUGGGCUUUGCGCAGAUGCGAAUAAAUAUCCAGUGCACAUCCGCCAAGAAAUUUUCCAGAAUGUCGAAAGGAAAUAUAUGCUUGGACUUAGGGCAAAUGAUCCUGAAAUAAGGCAACAAUUCUUUAAAAUCUAUCACGAGUCUCUGGGGAAGACUUUGUUUCAGAGGCUACAAUAUAUCAUUCAAAACCAGGACUGGGAAGCCUUGAGUGAUGUUUUCUGGUUGAAACAAGGCCUGGAUCUUCUUCUAGCUGUUUUGGUUGAGAAUGAACCGAUUACACUUGCUCCGAACUCUGCACGUGUACCCCCAUUGAUGGCAGCAGGGUCUUUGCAAGAUUACGCUGGAAUGCAACCACAAAUUUCUGAAGUUUCAGAAGACCCUGAAGGAGGCCAACUUACAUAUGACCUUCUAGUGUUUAGACAUGCAAAGUUUUUGAAUGAGAUGAGCAAGCUUCAGGUUGCUGAUCUUGUCCAUCCACUAAGAGAGUUAUCCCAUACAGAUUCUAAUGUUGCAUACCAUUUGUGGGUUCUAGUGUUUCCAAUUGUUUGGGUAACUCUUCAAAAGGAUGAGCAGGUAGCAUUGGCCAAACCCAUGAUUUCCCUUUUGUCAAAGGACUACCAUAGGAAGCAGCAGGAAAAGCGGCCAAAUGUUGUUCAAGCUCUUCUGGAAGGCCUGCAUUUAAGCCAUCCUCAACCGAGAAUGCCUAGUGAGCUUAUUAAGUUUUUGGGUAAGACGUACAAUGCAUGGCACAUUUCUUUAACACUUUUAGAGAGCCACGUUAUGCUAUUUAUGAAUGAAACUCGGUGUGCCGAGGCACUUGCUGAGUUGUAUCGGUUGCUAAAUGAAGAGGAUAUGCGGUGUGGUCUCUGGAAAAAAAGAUCAAUCACUUCAGAAACCAGAGCUGGACUUUCAUUGGUGCAGCAUGGUUACUGGCAACGUGCUCAGAAUCUUUUUUAUCAGGCCAUGAGCAAAGCAACACAAGGUACUUAUAACAACACAAUCCCCAAAGCUGAAAUGUGUCUUUGGGAGGAACAAUGGAUCUCCUGUGCACGCCAACUAAGCCAGUGGGAUGUCCUUGUUGAUUUCGGCAGAAGUGUUGAUAAUUAUGAAAUACUGCUUGAUUCUCUUUGGAAGGUUUCUGAUUGGGCAUACAUGAAAGAGCAUGUGUUUCCAAAAGCUCAAGUAGAGGAGACAACAAAGUAUCGCUUGGUGCAGGCUUAUUUUGCUCUUCAUGAGGGAAACACAAAUGGUGUUGAAGAGGCUGAGUCUAAAGUGGGGCAAGGGGUUGAUCUGGCAUUACAACACUGGUGGCAACUACCUGAGAUGUCUAUCCAGUCACGGACACCCCUGUUGCAGCAAUUCCAGCAGUUGGUUGAAGUACAGGAGUCUGCUCGGGUGAUGUUAGAUAUAAAAAAUGGGAGCAAGCAACUAUCUGGUGGUCCUGUUUCUGGUGUUCAUGCAGGCUAUAUGGAACUCAAGGACAUACUUGAGACCUGGAGGCUCAGGACUCCUAAUGAAUGGGACAAUUUGACUGUUUGGUAUGAUUUGCUUCAGUGGAGGAAUGAAGUUUACAAUACUGUAAUUGAUGCUUUUAAAGAUUUUGGACCAACCAAUCCCCAGCUCCACCACCUUGGCUACCGUGAUAAGGCUUGGAGCGUGAACAAGCUUGCCCAUAUAGCCCGCAAGCAAGGGCUUCAUGAUGUUUGUGUCACAAUUCUUGAUAAGAUGUAUGGGCAUUCCACUAUGGAAGUUCAGGAAGCAUUUGUGAAAAUAAGAGAACAGGCAAAGGCUUAUUUGGAAAUGAAAGGAGAGUUGAUCAGUGGCUUAAAUCUUAUCAACAAUACAAAUCUUGAUUAUUUUCCUUUGAAAAAUAAAGCUGAAAUUUUUCGGCUAAAGGGUGACUUUCUAUUAAAGCUAAACGACUGUGAGAACGCGAACGUUGCUUACUCAAAUGCAAUCGGCCUCUUCAAGCAGUUGCCAAAAGGAUGGAUAAGCUGGGGAAAUUAUUGCGAUAUGGUCUACAAAGAAACCCGUGACGAGAUGUGGUUAGAAUAUGCUGUGAGUUGCUUCCUUCAAGGUAUCAAAUAUGGGGUUUCCAAUUCUAGGAGCCAUCUAGCUCGUGUUCUUUACUUGCUUAGUUUUGAUACUCCAAAUGAGGCUGUUGGGAGGGCAUUUGACAAGUAUGCGGAGCAGAUACCCCACUUUGUCUGGCUUCCUUGGAUACCACAGCUUUUACUUUCAUUGCAGAGGUCAGAGGCACCCCACUGUAAGCUUGUUUUGCAUAAGAUUGCAACUGUAUAUCCACAGGCUCUGUAUUACUGGCUACGGACAUAUCUGCUGGAACGACGUGAUGCUGCUAACAAAUCUGAUCUUGGAAGGGGCAUGUCAGUGCCUCAACAGCGCUUGCAGCCAACUACUUCAGCAAAUCCUGGAGGAAAUUUGAACUCUGAUAGUCAAGGACACCAGUCCAGUACCCUUGGAGCAUCUCAUGAAAGUGGAAAUUCUCAAGGACAGGAAACAGAAAGGUCCACUACUAUGGAAGGAAGUAUUCAACCAACUCAUGAAGGGCAGAUCACAAGUUCAUCAACCCUCUCGGAGAGCAACCAAGGAACAUUCAGGCGCAGUUCGGCACUUAGUUGGGUUGCUUCUGCGGCUACUGCUUUUGACACUGCCAAAGACAUAAUGGAAGCCCUUCGAAGCAAGCACUUGAAUCUGGCUAAUGAACUUGAGGGUUUGCUUACCGAAAUUGGUUCAAGGUUUGUUCCCUUGCCAGAAGAGAGGCUGUUGGCAGUUGUUCAUGCCCUUCUACAUCGUUGUUACAAAUAUCCAACUGCUACCACUGCUGAGGUUCCUCAGGCCCUCAAAAAGGAGCUUUCAGGAGUCUGUAGAGCCUGUUUUUCAGCGGACACAGUAAACAAACAUGUUGAUUUUGUGAGAGAGUACAAGCAAGACUUUGAACGUGAUUUGGAUCCAGAAAGUGCGGGAACUUUUCCUUCUACCUUGUCUGAGUUGACUGAGCGGUUGAAGCAUUGGAAGAAUGUUCUUCAGACAAAUGUUGAGGAUAGGUUUCCAGCUGUUUUGAAGCUGGAAGAGGAAAGUAGGGUAUUGCGUGAGUUUCACAUUGUUGAUGUUGAAGUACCCGGACAAUAUUUCACCGACCAGGAAAUUGCACCUGACCAUACCAUAAAACUUGACAGAAUUGGAGCUGAUGUUCCUAUAGUUCGUCGGCAUGGGAGCAGCUUCCGUCGACUAACUUUUAUUGGUUCUGAUGGCUCACAACGCCAUUUUCUUAUCCAAACAUCUUUAACUCCUAGUGCUAGAAGUGAUGAACGUAUUGUGCAGCUAUUUCGUGUUAUGAAUAGGAUGUUCGACAAGCACAAAGAAUCAAGGCGGCGACAUCUUUGUUUUCAUACCCCGAUCAUCAUACCUGUUUGGUCUCAGGUUCGAAUGGUAGAGGAUGAUCUGAUGUACAGUACUUUUCUAGAGGUUUAUGAGAUAAACUGUGCUCGAAAUAACCGUGAGGCAGACCUCCCAAUUACUCAUUUCAAGGAGCAGCUUAAUCAAGCAGUUUCAGGUCAGCUGCAGGCCGAAGCUAUCGUGGAUAUUCGUCUCCAAGCCUAUAACGAGAUAACAAAGACCUAUGUGACAGAGAAUGUUUUCUCACAGUACAUGUAUAAAACUCUUCCAAAUGGCAACCACCUCUGGGCUUUCAAGAAGCAAUUUGCAAUCCAGCUUGCACUCUCUAGCUUUAUGUCCUAUAUAUUACAAAUUGGAGGGAGGUCCCCAAACAAGAUCCUCUUUGCCAAGAACACUGGCAAAAUAUUUCAGAAUGAUUUUCAUCCUGCUUAUGAUGUGAAUGGAAUGAUUGAAUUCAAUGAACCGGUGCCAUUUCGUCUUACGAGGAAUUUUCAAGCUUUCUUCUCCCAUUUUGGUGUAGAAGGGUUGAUUGUCUCUGCCAUGUGUGCAGCAGCUCAGUCUGUUGUUUCUUCUAAGCAAGCCCAACACAUUCGCCAUCAAUUAGCUAUGUUUUUCCGUGAUGAAUUGCUUUCAUGGUCAUGGAGAAGACCAUUGGGCAUGCCUUCCGCACCUGCUGCUGCAGGGGGUAUGAAUCCUUUGGAAUUUGAGCAGAAGGUUGCCACCAAUGUUGAGCAUGUUAUUGGCCGCGUCAAAGGAAUUGCUCCUGUGUGCGUUGAGGAGGAGGAGAGUGCAACAGAUCCACCCCAGUCUGUUCAGAGGGGAGUGACUGAUCUAGUUGAAGCUGCACUAUGCCCCAGAAGCUUAUGCAUGAUGGAUCCAACAUGGCAUCCUUGGUUUUAACAUACCUCGGGAUCUUUUCUUGCUUAGGUACUACUUGUGCAGAGCCAUCCAAGUGUUAUAUCGAGCGGUUACCAUAAUUAAAUUCCUUUUAUCAUUUUAUGUAUUGUCUUGUAAAUAUCUACAAUUACAAAAUCAGCUCUCAAUUCUGUAAAUCAUUCAAUAGCGUUUCAGUGAAGCUAGCCCCUGUAUGUGUUCCACGGGCAAAUUAUUGUUGAACUUCUAUAAUGCAAGAAAUGUGCAAGUUUAUGAUCAAUUCUUGUAAGUUUGUCUGAUCAA